CAAUUAAUCCUUUCCCUCUCUCUGUCUCUCUGAUUUCCCUUCUCUGUUCAGUCAGCGAUCCAACGGCUAAUCCCAGCCUUUUGACCUUAUCUCUCUCUCAUCAUUUAUACACGGUCUCCAAGCAGUUCAAUGCCCUGCCAGAACUUUGCCACGUGGAGCCACAUCAUUGGCCCCUAUGUUUGACGGCAGAUGAAGAGCAGAGAGAGCCAAUGCCUUGUAGCCUUAUGAGGAAGGGCAUCAUCAGUUUGACUCGAAUAAUCUUUUGCCCUUUUUCUCUGUUUUCCUCUGCUUUUUUCUUUCUUUUGUUUUUGCUUUUCUCGUCAUCACACCAAAUCUCUAUAUUUACAUUUCAUUCCGUUGAGCUUUCAAGUUUUGAAACUACUUGUCUUUCUUCAAUUCACAACCAAUUUCAUGCCGUGUUGACGAGAAAUGGCUGUGGAGCUCAUGAUGGGAUUUAUUGACAGUUUUGCAGCGCAAAUGGAAGAGAAUGCUGUGAAGGAAGCGGCCUCAGCUGGAAUUCAAAGCGUCGAGAAGUUCAUAAGCUUGAUUUCGCAACACCACCACCAAUUCCAAGACUCUUCUUUUUCUUCCUCAUCAAACCCUGAAGCCGCUACAGAGUACAAAGCUGUUGCAGACAUGGCCGUGAACAAGUUCAGGAAGGUCAUUUCAUUACUGGACAAAGGAAGAACCGGCCACGCUCGGUUCAGAAGAGCUCCUGUCACUCCAUCUCCGCCACCGCCACCCCCACCGCCGCCACAGAAAACAGAGACCCAAAUCCCAAGGCCUUCAAUUCAAGAACCCCAUAACCCAAAAACAGAUCAACCUCCUGGUUUCAAAACAGAGCAAUCCUCUGCUUUCAAGGUUUACUGCCCCACACCAAGUGUGCGUUUACCGCCUCUGCCUCACAAUCCCCAUCUGAAAACCACGCCUGUUGUGUUGACAAAGAGUGUUGGGUGCGCUGAGAGAAAGCUGGAUGCUCCUACCACCAUCAAUUUCUCACCCUCACCUUCGAUUUCCGCUGCCAAUUCAUAUAUGUCUUCUUUAACCACUGGGGAUGCUGAGGGUUCUGUGCAGCAUUCAAUGUCUUCUGGGUUUCAGUUCACAAACAUGUCACAGUCGUCCUCGGGCAAGCCUCCUCUUUCCUCUUCUUCGUUGAAGAGGAAGUGCAAUUCCAUGGACGAUGUUGCAGCUCUCAGGUGCGGCUCAUCUUCUGGGCGCUGCCACUGUUCCAAGAAAAGGAAAUCAAAAGUGAAAAGAGUGGUCAGAGUCCCUGCAAUUAGUAUGAAAAUGGCUGAUAUUCCACCGGAUGAUUAUUCAUGGAGAAAGUACGGUCAAAAACCCAUCAAGGGUUCCCCUCAUCCAAGAGGAUAUUACAAGUGCAGUAGCCAGAGAGGCUGCCUUGCACGCAAGCACGUGGAGCGGGCUCUAGACGAUCCAACCAUGCUGAUUGUGACCUACGAAGGUGAUCACAAUCACUCCCACACUGUCACGGAUCCAACGCCUGAUCUCGUCCUCGAAUCAUCUUAAGUCAACUCAUCCAACGGAUCAAAAUGUUCCUUUUGUAUUAAAUAUUGCAAGAAGCAAAGAAAUUAUAUGUUUGGUCCACACAAUAGUCAACGCUCAUUUGCUUUGCACCGUCUCCAAGAGGAUUAGUGGGUACGCCUUAGCUGCCUAUACAAAACUAGAUUCGUCUUUUUUCUUUUUUUAUUAUUUGGAUUUAUUCUUUUGCUGAUUUAGAACCUUAUAUUUUAGAAAUUUAAAAUUAAAAAAAGAAAAAAGAAAAAAAGAGAGGAAGAUAUAGAGGGAUAGGCUUAGAGAUGAUGGAUUUGGUGGGAAGUCAAUCAUGCUAACUAGUGGGUUUUAUAUUUAUAUUUAAUGAUGUGCCUAUAUACGCAUUAGAAAUGUUUAAUAUAUAUGAUGGUGGAUUUUGCCGAGGAUGCCCACUUUUACUUGUUCCAAUUCCCACUAUACAAUUGUUGAGGGUCAGCCAAUGCAUGGGCAGACAGUAGUUUAUAUGGAAAGAGGUUUGCAUGGGACAGUUGACAACUUGAGCCCUAAUCCCAAUUUAGUAAUGGCAAGUUGUGUGUGGAGAGAGAGAGAGAUGAGGACUUUUGGGAUGUUUGUGAUUUUGUGCUGUCAGGUGGUGCCUAAAGAUUGUGUUAAUUUCCCAUAUUUUUCAUCGAAGUUGCCUUCAUGGAUUCUCGGUUAUAAUUGGUUUUGUUGCAGAAUCUUGAAAUGUUGGGCUCUGGGUUCUGUUGAGAGGUCAUCGGUGACCCAUUUAAAUUGGUAAAUAUUUGGCCAAGUCAAUGUGGUCGGUUGGGGGGUGUUGAUAGGUUGUCUUUUGUUUAUGUUCAAAUCGAAGCAUGAUCCCAACAUUUCUUGGUCACA